CCCCCGGGGUGGGGUCUCGUGCUCCAGCUACCGGAGACAGAGCAGAAGGGGGAGGUUAAAGGGGAAGGACCCCCGGAAGUGCCCCCUCCUCAGUGCGGGCCCAGCCUGGGUCCGGAGACUUCGCGGGACUGGAGUGCCAGCCGGUGUUGGAGGCGGAGCAGCGACGCCGCCGCACAGAGACCAGUCCCUCCGGCCCAGCAGCCCCCAUCCCCACACGGCGGACUUUUCCCGGACCCCAGUCAGCUGGGGCCUCUGGCGCUCCGCACCCCCGGACCCUCCGACCCCUGUACAGCCUCUUUCGCUCAGAAGCUCAGGUCGCCUCCAGCCCAGGUAGAUCUUGGACAAUCCCAGAUUUAGCCGCCCACAGAGGAGUCUCCUGGCUGCCUCCUUCUUACCGGCAGCACAUUGCCCUCCUCUUUCCUCAACCCACUGCCCCUUUUAACUUCUUCAUCCUAGCCUCCUUUAGCCGGGCACUUUGUUUUCCUUUGUCUUUUGUCCACUUCAGAAAUGCUUGCAGAGCUGCAUGAUCUGGGCACCACUCCCUUGUCUACUGGUGUCCUUGCCUGGUUCUCCCACUCCCAUUCUUGCCCCCAUCCUGGUGGAGACCCAGGACUCCUCCUUGACCCCAACUUCCUCUCUGUCAGGCUGACCUGGGAGGGUGACUCCCUUCCAUUCCCAGCACUAUGCCAGGCACUGUGGCGACACUGCGGUUCCAGCUGCUGCCCCCCGAGCCAGAUGAUGCCUUCUGGGGUGCACCCUGUGAGCAGCCCCUGGAGCGCAGGUACCAGGCACUGCCGGCCCUCGUCUGCAUCAUGUGCUGUUUGUUUGGAGUCGUCUACUGCUUCUUCGGUUACCGCUGCUUCAAGGCAGUGCUCUUCCUCACUGGGUUGCUGUUUGGCUCGGUGGUCAUCUUCCUGCUGUGCUACCGAGAGCGGGUGCUGGAGACGCAGCUGAGCGCUGGGGCAAGUGCAGGCAUCGCACUGGGCAUUGGGCUGCUCUGCGGGCUGGUGGCCAUGCUGGUGCGCAGCGUGGGCCUCUUCCUGGUUGGGCUGCUGCUCGGUCUGCUGCUCGCUGCUGCCGCCCUGCUGGGCUCCGCGCCCUACUACCAGCCGGGCUCCGUGUGGGGCCCACUGGGGCUGCUGCUGGGGGGCGGCCUACUCUGUGCCCUGCUCACACUGCGCUGGCCCCGACCCCUCACCACCCUGGCCACCGCUGUGACUGGUGCUGCGCUCAUUGCCACUGCCGCCGACUACUUUGCCGAGCUGCUGCUGCUGGGGCGCUAUGCGGUGGAGCGACUGCGUGCCGCCCCGGUACCCCCCCUCUGUUGGCGGAGCUGGGCCCUGCUGGCACUUUGGCCCCUGCUCAGCCUGAUGGGCGUUCUGGUGCAGUGGCGGGUGACGGCCGAGGGGGACUCCCACACGGAAGUGGUCAUCAGCCGGCAGCGGCGACGCGUGCAGCUGAUGCGGAUUCGGCAGCAGGAGCAGCGCAAAGAGAAGCGGAGGAAGAAGAGACCCCCUCGGGCACCAUCCAGAGGCCCCCGGGCUCCUCCAAGGCCCGGGCCCCCUGACCCGGCUUAUCGGCGCAGGCCGGUGCCCAUCAAACGCUUCAACGGAGAUGUCCUCUCCCCGAGCUACAUCCAGAGCUUCCGGGACCGGCAGACCGGGAGCUCACUGAGCUCCUUCAUGGCCUCGCCCACAGAUGCGGACUAUGAGUAUGGGUCUCGAGGGCCGCUGACGGCCUGUUCAGGGCCCCCUGUGCGGGUAUAGCGGUCCUGCACACCCGCCCACCUAGACUCUACGGUCACCAGCUCUGCCGGCUUGGGGAGGCCUGCUGGAUCACCACACAGCCCACCUGGCCUUGUGGCCUUGGCUGUCCCUCUCCCCACCCUGAAGAGGGCUGGCCUGGCUACCAGAAGGGAGGACCUGUCUCAGGCUAGCCCUGGUCUAAGGGGCAAGCCUCCUCCCUAGCUCCAGAGGGGCUCCUGAGGGAUGCGGGGUGUGAGCCCCACUGGGGUGUGCUCAGGGUUGUGAGUGUGUCGCCUGUGUGUGUGUGUGUGUAUGUGUAUGGAGGGGUGGGCUUGGAGGAGACACUGGGACCCUUGCCUUAGAUUUCUGAUUGAUAGGGCUUGUCUAAGGUUGGCCCUGCCUCCUCUCCCACCGCUGGGGUCCCACAGGCCACUCUCCUGCAUGUCAACGUGGAGGAGGUCUGCCUUCCUCCCCCAUUGCUCCACCUCUCAAACAGACUCAUCUAAGGCUUCUUGUCCUUGUCCAUGGGGCAAACGGCAGCACCCCUCACCCUGGUCCCCUGUCCUCUGCAAAGCCACCAGCCUGAGGGCAGGGGCAGGGGAGGGGGGCAGGGGGUGCUGCUCUGGGCUGGGUUAGGGAGAGGGGCUGGGGGAGGGGGCUUCAAUGCACGGUGCAUGCCUGGUGUCUGUCACACCACCCUGGACACCUCAUGCUUCUGUCUCCCCUCACCCCACCCUGUUUUACAUAUUUUAUAAAUGUGCCAAACUGUGUGGCUUCUGCCAAGA